AUGGGCUGUGUGGCCGCUGAAGAGCCGGUCAUCUGGGUUUUUUUGGUGACAGAGGCUAUACCGGCGCCGGCGCCGCCACACCCUCCGCUGCCGUCCUCCGCCCUCCGCCCAACUUCCGCAGCCCGCCGCCAUCCGCCUGCCUUCUGCCGCCGCCUGAGACCACUGCUCAAUCACCGCCGCCUCUUUCGACUUGAAACGCCGCACUCUCUACUCCAUCCUUCGCCGCCCGCCGCCGUCGCCAACGCGGUUCCCGGACCAGCGCCACCACUACCCCCCCACGGACAACAAUACACCAUCACUCAGACCGCAACCGUCAUGUCGGCUGCCUCCACCACAUACACGACGACUAUUUCGAUGACGAUCUGCCGCUUCCUACACCGGCGCCGCCGGUCAUGCUUACAAAUAAAAUGGCCGGUCGCCGAGGACCACUCAGUCGCCGCCAUUUCCAGUAAUAUUGAUGGAGGUGGCGCCUCGUGGCCGGGGACGUCGUCUUCCUCGGGACAUUGUCACCGGCCUGAAAUUCUCUGUUCUUUAUUUUGUCUUGUUUAUCUCCGUGAUUUUGACCCAACAGCUAAACAAGUCGCAUAG